AUGGGCAUCCUGUGGAUGGGCAGGAGUGUGCUGACAAUGUUGCGAACGUGGAUCGCCGUAUGGAUCGGUUUCCAACGCUGCCUCCUCACGGUUCGACCUUCGACGACGCGGUGCUGCAACGUAGGCCUUCGUCGGCCCGGCUGCCGAGUUUUUUCAAUUUUCACCAUCACUGUGCUACUGUUUAAUCUGCCAGGGCUUCUUAACCGCAUUUUGCUAAAAUGCAACCGCGAGGACAGCCGCCUUUUACUCCUUCACAAAGUGCAUGCCCUGGUCAGCAAUUUCGUCAUCUAUGUCCUUCCCCUCUGCCUACUUGGCUUCUUUAGUCAGCGAAUCUACGUGCGGACUCACAAGCUGAUUGACCUGUAUCGGCACCGUCCGCCACCGAUGCCAGGAACCGUGACGCGAAUCCGGCUCUUCUGCUUACACAUGACAAAACUACUGUUAGUUUUUAUGUUCACUUAUGUCGUUUUAGCUGUACCCGCCCUGUUCCAGAUGAUCUACUACCUGCUUAAAAUGCUGCGUCGCGAGGACUGGCGGUUAGUCCGGCUGCCGAGGGGAGUUAAGAUUACAUCUUCGGUCUGCUGGUGCGCCAUAUCGACCCUAGACUUGAUGAUUUUCUGCCUUUUCUGGCCACCCUUCAGACGGCGUGCCAUCGAUUGUGUAAGAGGAUGCUGUCCGAUCUUUGUCCAAAAUACUUGA